GCUAAAAAACCAUAGAGCCAAACGGGAUUUUGAAGGUGACGAUGCUCUCAAUCUCUCAGGUGCCGAGUUUCUCGUUAACCUCCGUAAAAUCUCUUCGCUCUCCUUCUUCUUCUUCGUCAUCUACUCUCUCUGUCUUCUUCUCAUUCUUCCCUAAGGUUUCGAGAUUCGUCAGAGCAAGUUCCGGAAUCCCCAAUUUGGCCGCCUGUAGUAAACCAGAGAGCAUCCCGAGAGUCAAUAACGCCGGCCUCAAACUCGAGGAGACAGUCGAAGCCGCCGUUAAAGCGAAGAUUCGGCUUGAUUCGUGGAUCUCUUCUCGUGUCCAUGGAGUUAGCCGAGCUCGCGUACAGUCCAGUAUUCGUCUGGGGCUCGUCAGCGUCAAUGGUCGGGUCGUUGAUAAGGUUUCGCACAAUGUAAAAGCUGGCGAUGAGGUCAAUUGUACGAUAUCAGAGCUUCAACCUUUGAAAGCUGAACCUGAAGACAUACCAUUGGAUAUAGUUUAUGAAGAUAAACACCUUCUCGUUGUUAACAAACCAGCUCACAUGGUUGUUCAUCCUGCGCCUGGAAAUCCUACUGGUACACUUGUUAAUGGCAUACUUCACCAUUGCAGCCUUCCCUGUGUUGCUUAUUCAAACCCAGAAGAUGAUUCCGAUGAAGAAACUUUGUCAGAUGAUGAAGAGAUGACCUCUUCUAGUUCAUUAGCUGCGUCUGUUCGUCCAGGUAUUGUUCAUAGGUUGGAUAAAGGGACAAGCGGAUUGCUCGUUGUAGCCAAGGAUGAACAUUCUCACGCUCAUUUAGCAGAACAGUUCAAGCUACACACAAUUGAGAGAGUUUACAUAAGUCUUACUUCUGGAGUUCCUUCUCCAUCUCAGGGGCGUGUUGACAUUCCAAUUGGUCGUGAUCCGAAUAAUCGGAUCCGUAUGGCUGCUAUACCUGGAUCAUUAAGCCGUGGAAAGGCCCGCCAUGCUGCUAGUAGGUAUAAAGUAAUUGAAACACUUGCUGGAGGCGGCUCUGCAUUGGUUGAGUGGAGACUGGAAACCGGUCGUACCCAUCAGAUACGCGCUCAUGCUAAGUAUAUGGGAGUUCCUCUGUUGGGUGACGAAGUGUAUGGUGGAACGAAAAGCGUGGCUCUUUCUCUUCUGCAGAGACGAGUCUCCCGCAGUGAUCAAGAACAGAUCCUCGAGCUGGUUUCCAGAAUGGAUAGGCCUUGCCUUCAUGCUAUAGUUCUGGGAUUUGAACAUCCGUGCACCGGGGAGGUUGUAAAGUUUUCAUGUCCACCACCUUCAGAUCUUGCAGAGAUAGUAGGGCUGCUUCGUAGAAGCGGAAGAGAAAAAGUGACCCAACUCUCUGCUUUUUUUCUAACCUUCAUGCCUUGGGAAUUCUUGUUUUCGAUACAAAGAUGUUGGUUAUGCUGAAACCUCCAAGUCUUGGUCUUGCUUUUUGCAGGUGGAAUAAUCUCUCGACGUCAGUGUUUUACUUCCUCAAACUCAAUCCGUCGUCUCUGCUACGACCUCCACCCUGCAGCGUUUGAAGGAGAUUGCAGCUCUGAUCGAUACUGUGUCGUAUACCAAAGGUGCGUCUCACCGUGCGGCUAAAUACUUGAGGAAGAAAACGACGAAUUCUAGAACCUUAAGUGAAUAUAUAUACUUUUUCCCAUUUAUGUAAAUUCUGUAGACUUUCCGUGAUGACAUUAGUCUGAAGUUCAAGGUUAAAGAACAAACCAAAACCCAAAC